AUUCUCAUUCUUUUUCUUUUCAUUCCUACCCAUUUAGUCCUCAUAUCUCAUUUCUUUCUAUUAUUUUUAUUUCUGCUCUCCUUGUUGUCUUUAUUAUUGAUUAUUGCUAUUCUUUCUAUUUGUAACCAAUGACCUCGCAGCAUGCCGCAUUCCUGGCGUCAAAGACAGUCGCUGACGUUCUUAAUGAAAAAGCACAGAACCAUGCUUUAAUUGAUAUUCCUGUCACUGCCACAGUGGAGAAAGUCUUUGAAACACUUCAGUCGAAUGAUAUCCUCUCGGUACCUGUUUAUCGACGCUUCAACAAUGUUAAGGACUAUGUGGCCAUAAUUGACACUUAUGAUCUUCUAUCCACAAUGGAGGAACGAGGCUUUACAGUCGAAUCAGGAUCUACACCAGAUACAGAAUAUUUGUCCAUGCCUGUUGCCAUCCUCGUCGGAAUGACAAAAUCAUCUUCAAAGUUAUGGACAUGUCAACCGAACCUUCCUUUGACUCAAUUGAUUGAGUUGUUUACGAAACAUAGAGUGCACCGUAUCCUUGUCCUGGAAGAAAUCCCAGUCAAGUCUAGUGACAUUGAGAGCAAUGAGAAUGUGUUGGAAGAGGCAGAGCCUCAACAGGAACCCAAGGGCCGGCUUGUAUCGCAAACAGACGUCAUACGAUAUUUGCUUGCACACAACCAUGAGCUUGGACCCAUUUUGGAUCGGACAGCUAACAGCAUUGCGGGCCAUGCACUCCAAUUCUCAGACGCAUAUUUGGACUCGGCCUCAGCAGACAAGCUGAAGCAAGCUCCCGCCACGAUCACUAUUAAUAACCCUGCGUGGACAGCGCUCCAGAAGAUGUCUUCAGCUCAUGCCAGCUGUGUUGCUGUCGUUGACACAGAUGGAACAUUAGUGUCAGAAAUGUCUGCAGCGGAUUUGCGAGGCGUGAACCCAAGUAGGAUUCAGGACUUGAAUAAACCUGUGCUAGUUUAUCUCAAGACCUUGCAAGGAGGCAAUCUAAAGAGGCCUUUGAGUUGCAGAGCUCAAUUCUCACUUGGACAAGUGCUUAGUGGUCUAAUUCGCAGUCAUGCUCAUAGGUCUUGGCUAGUCGAUGGAGAAGAUCGACCCGUUGGUUGCAUCACGCUGAGCGAUAUUCUAUCAGUAUUUUUGGGUUAAAACAAGAGAUGAUUUUUUAGACCUUUAAUUAUCUUUGAAGUACAUUUCAUUAUUUUUAUUUUCAUUUUGAGAUCGAGGAGAAAAUGAACUAAUAAAAAUAAUUAAUUAUGGAAAGGAA